AUGGCCUGGAAUCCUAAUGGCCUGCAAUUUAAUCUGGGACCAGAUAGUUGUGACCAGGCCGUGCUCCAGAUUGGGAUAAACAUGAUGGCAUUCCCAGGGGUUAGCCACUUGGACUCUAUCCCAUUGCCUGGCCAGGGGUUGCCCCUGAUCCAGGUGGACUCUGUUCAGAGAUGGAUGGAGGACCUAAAGUUGAUGACCGAUUGUGAGUGCAUGUGCAUCCUCCAGUCGAAGCCCAUUAGCCUAGAAGAUGAUACCCAGAGUGAGCUGAUCCCAUCUUCACAGCAUGGCCCCUGUGACCACCUGCAGCUGCUGUUGAAGCGAGCCUGGAUCAUUAGCACUGAGUUGGGAAGGAUUGGGCAGAAGUUGGACCGGGAACGAUGGGGGCGGGUGCACAGUCUGAGUGUCCGGCUGACCUGUCACGCACGCUCCAUGAUCAAUGAGUACAGCAUCUUCAGCAGAGGUACCUCUGAGGAGAUGGAGCAGUUUCAGAAGCUGUUAAUGGAGAAGUGCUCUGAGCUUACAGCUGUCACUGAAAGAUGUCUCCACAUUGAUGAUGAGCAGGUCCUGAAGUCCAUGAAGCCCUGUGUGAAUGAAACCCUGAGUGCCGUGGGCCGGUACUUUAGCCAGCUACUGGAAUUAGCUCUGACACAGGAGGUACAGGUGCUGGUGAGAAAGAUUGAUACUUCAGAUAACCUUUACACUGCAGAGUCUACCACAGGGAACCUGUUCAGCCUGACCCAGGAAGGUGCCCCUUUAUGCCGUAUCAUAGCAAAGGAGGGUGGUGUUGUGGCCCUCUUCAAGAUCUGCCGGCAGGACUGUUUCCGGUGCCUGUAUCCCCAGACAUUACGUACUCUUGCUUCUAUCUGCUGUGUGGAGGAAGGCAUUCACCAGCUGGAGAAGGUAGAUGGCAUUCUGUGUUUGGCUGACAUCUUGACCGAUAGUAGCCACUCAGAAGCCACCCGAGCAGAGGCUGCUGCUGUGGUUGCCCAGAUCACCUCUCCGCACCUGCCUGUGACCCAGCAUCUCAGCAGCUUCCUGGAGAGCAUGGAGGAGAUUGUGACAGCUCUCAUCAAACUGUGCCAAGAGGCCUCAUCUGGUGAAGUCUUCCUAUUGGCUUCUGCAGCCCUUGCCAACAUCACUUUCUUUGACACUAUGGCCUGUGAGAUGCUCCUGCAGCUGAACGCCAUGCGCAUACUCCUAGAAGCCUGUGCUGAUAAGCAGAGAGUGGACACACCCUACACCCGAGACCAGAUUGUGACAAUAUUGGCAAACAUGUCUGUCCUGGAACAGUGUGCCUCAGAUAUUAUACAGGAGGAUGUGGCCCACGCUGGCUCUCACGUCUUUACCUUGGGGGCACCAGACUCCCAGCAAGCCGGGGUGAUGCAGUUCCUCAACAGAGAAGCCAAGGUCAGCUCUUAG